AUGCUUUCAUUCCUCUCACCCACUCUCUAUACGCUCUCAUUCCCUCUCACCCACACUCAUACACUCUCAUUCCCUCUCACCCACUCUCAUACCCUCUCAUUCCCUCUCAUCCACUCUCUUACGCUCUCAUUCCCUCUCACCCACUCUCAUACGCUCUCAUUCCCUCCCACCCACACUCAUACGCUCUCAUUCCCUCUCACCCACUCUCAUACCCUCUCAUUCCCACUCACCCCUCUCUUACACUCUCAUUCCCUCUUACCCACUCUCAUACGCUCUCAUUCCCUCUCACCCACUCUCAGACCCUCUCAUUCCCUCUCCCCACUCUCUUACGCUCUCAUUCCCUCUCACCCACUCUCAUACACUCUCAUUCCCUCUCACCCACUCUCAUACGCUCUCAUUCCUCUCACCCACUCUCAUACGCUCUCAUUCCCUCUCACCCACCUCUCAUACGCUCUCAUUCCCUCUCACCCACUCUCAUACGCUCUCAUUCCCUCUCACCCACUCUCAUACGCUCUCAUUCCCUCUCACCCACUCUCAUACGCUCUCAUCCCUCUCACCCACUCUCUUACGCUCUCAUUCCCUCUCACCCACUCUCAUACGCUCUCAUUCCCUCCCACCACAUCAUACGCUCUCAUUCCCUCUCACCCACUCUCAUACGCUCUCAUUCCCUCUAACCCACUCUCAUACGCUUUCAUUCCCUCUCACCCACUCUCAUACGCUCUCAAUCCCUCUCACCACUCUCAUACGCUCUCAUUCCCUCUCACCCACUCUCAUACGCUCUCAUUCCCUCUCACCCACUCUCAUACGCUCUCAUUCCCUCUCACCCACUCUCAUACGCUCUCAUUCCCUCUCACCACUCUCAUACGCUCUCAUUCCUCUCACCCACUCUCAUACGCUCUCAUUCCCUCUCACCCACUCUCAUACGCUCUCAUUCCCUCUCACCCACUCUCAUACGCUCUCAUUCCCUCUCACCCACUCUCAUACGCUCUCAUUCCCUCUCACCCACUCUCAUACGCUCUCAUUCCCCUCACCCACUCCCAUACGCUCUCAUUCCCUCUCACCCACUCUCAUACGCUCUCAUUCCUCACCCACUCUCAUACGCUCUCAUUCCCUCUCACCCACUCUCAUACGCUCUCAUUCCCUCUCACCCACUCUCAUACGCUCUCAUUCCCUCUCACCACUCUCAUACGCUCUCAUUCCCUCUCACCCACUCUCAUACGCUCUCAUUCCCUCACCCACUCUCAUACGCUCUCAUUCCCUCUCACCCACUCUCAUACGCUCUCAUUCCCUCUCACCCACUCUCAUACGCUCUCAUUCCCUCUACCCACUCUCAUACGCUCUCAUUCCCUCUCACCCACUCUCAUACGCUCUCAUUCCCUCUCACCCACUCAUACGCUCUCAUUCCCUCUCACCCACUCUCAUACCUCUCAUUCCCUCACCCACUCUCAUACGCUCUCAUUCCCUCUCACCACUCUCAUACUCUCAUUCCCUCUCACCCACUCUCAUACGCUCUCAUUCCCUCUCACCCACUCUCAUACGCUCUCAUCCUCUCACCCACUCUCAUACGCUCUCAUUCCCUCUCACCCACUCUCAUACGCUCUCAUUCCCUCUCACCCACUCUCAUACACGCUCUCAUUCCCUCUCACCCCACUCAUACGCUCUCAUUCCCUCUCACCCACUCUCAAACGCUCUCAUUGCCCUCUAACCACUCUCAUACGCUUAUUCCCUCUCACCCACUCUCAUACGCUCUCAUUCCCUCUCACCCACUCUCAUACGCUCUCAUUCCCUCUCACCCACUCUCAUACGCUCUCAUUCCCUCUCACCCACUCUCAUACGCUCAUUCCCUCUCACCCACUCUAUACGCUCUCAUUCCCUCUCACCCACUCUCAUACGCUCUCAUUCCCUCUCACCCACUCUCAUACGCUCCAUUCCCUCUCACCCACUCUCAUACGCUUCAUUCCCUCUCACCCACUCUCACGCUCUCAUUCCCUCUCACCCACUCUCAUACGCUCUCAUUCCUCUCACCCACUCUCAUACGCUCUCAUUCCCUCUCACCCACUCCAUACGCUCUCAUUCCCUCUCACCCACUCUCAUACGCUCUCAUUCCCUCUCACCCACUCUCAUACGCUCUUAUUCCCUCUCACCCACUCUCAUACGCUCUCAUUCCCUCUCACCCACUCUCAUACGCUCUCAUUCCCUCUCACCCACUCUCAUACGCUCUCAUUCCCUCUCACCCACUCUCAUACGCUCUCAUUCCCUCUCACCCACUCUCAUACGCUCUCAUUCCCUCUCACCCACUCUCCUACGCUCUCAUUCCCUCUCACCCACUCAUACGCUCUCAUUCCCUCUCACCCACUCUCAUACGCUCUCAUUCCCUCUCACCACUCUCAUACGCUCUCAUUCCCUCUCACCCACUCUCAUACGCUCUCAUUCCCUCUCACCCACUCUCAUACGCUCUCAUUCCCUCUCACCCACUCUCAUACGCUCUCAUUCUCUCACCCACUCUCAUACGCUCUCAUUCCCUCUCACCCACUCUCAUACGCUCUCAUUCCCUCUCACCCACUCUCAUACGCUCUCAUUCCCUCUCACCACUCUCAUACGCUCUCAUUCCCUCUCACCCACUCUCAUACGCUCUCAUUCCCUCUCACCACACUCUCAUACGCUCUCAUUCCUCUCACCCACACUCUAUAUACGCUCUCAUUCCCUCUCACCCACUCUCAUACGCUCUCAUUCCCUCUCACCCACUCUCAUACGCUCUCAUUCCCUCUCACCACUCUCAUACGCUCUCAUUCCCUCUCACCCACUCUCAUACGCUCUCAUUCCCUCUCACCACUCUCAUACGCUCUCAUUCCCUCUCACCACUCUCAUACGCUCUCAUUCCUCUCCACCCACUCUCAUACGCUCUCAUUCCCUCUCACCCACUCUCAUACGCUCUCAUUCCCUCUCACCCACUCUCAUACGCUCUCAUUCCCUCUCACCACUCUCAUACGCUCUCAUUCCCUCUCACCCACUCUCAUACGCUCUCAUUCCUCUCACCCACUCUCAUACGCUCUCAUUCCCUCUCACCCACUCUCAUACGCUCUCAUUCCCUCUCACCCACUCUCAUACGCUCUCAUUCCCUCUCACCCACUCUCAUACGCUCUCAUUCCCUCUCACCCACUCUCUACGCUCUCAUUCCCUCUCACCCACUCUCAUACGCUCUCAUUCCCUCUCACCCACUCUCAUACGCUCUCAUCCCUCUCACACACUCUCAUACGCUCUCAUUCCCUCUCACCCACACUCAUACGCUCUCAUUCCCUCUCACCACUCUCAUACGCUCUCAUUCCCUCUCACCCACUCUCUUACGCUCUCAUUCCUCUCACCCACUCUCAUACGCUCUCAUUCCUCUCACCCACUCUCAUACGCUCUCAUUCCCUCUCACCCACUCUCAUACGCUCUCAUUCCCACUCACCCACUCUCUACGCUCUCAUUCCCUCUCACCCACUCUCAUACGCUCUCAUCCCUCUCACCCACUCUCAUACGCUCUCAUUCCCUCUCACACACUCAUACGCUCUCAUUCCCUCUCACCACUCUCAUACACUCUCAUUCCCUCUCACCCACUCUCAUACGCUUCAUUCCCUCUCACCCACUCUCAUACGCUCUCAUUCCCUCUCACCCACUCUCAUACGCUCUCAUUCCUCUCACCCACUCUCAUACGCUCUCAUUCCCUCUCACCAACUCUAUACGCUCUCAUUCCCUCUCACCCACUCUCAUACGCUCUCAUUCCCUCUCACCACAUCAUACGCUUCAUUCCCUCUCACCCACUCUCAUACGCUCUCAUUCCCUCUCACCCACUCUUUACGCUCUCAUUCCCUCUCACCCACUCUCAUACAUCUCAUUCCUCUCACCCACUCUCAUACGCUCUCAUUCCUCUCACCCACUCUCAUACGCUCUCAUUCCCUCUCGCCCCAUCUCAUACGCUCUCAUUCCCUCUCACCCACUCUCAUACGCUCUCAUUCCCUCUCACCCACUCUCAUACGCUCUCAUUCCCUCUCACCCACAUCAUACGCUCUCAUUCCCUCUCACCCACUCUCAUACGCUCUCAUUCCCUCUACCCACUCUCAUACGCUCUCAUUCCCUCUCACCCACUCUCAUACGCUCUCAUUCCCUCUCACCCACUCUCAUACGCUCUCAUUCCCUCUCACCCACUCUCAUACGCUCUCAUUCCCUCUCACCACACUCAUACGCUCUCAUUCCCUCUCACCCACUCUCAUACGCUCUCAUUCCCUCUCAUCCACUCUCAUACGCUCUCAUUCCCUCUCACCACUCUCAUACGCUCUCAUUCCCUCUCACCCACUCUCAUACGCUCUCAUUCCCUCUCACCCACUCUCAUACGCUCUCAUUCCCUCUCACCCACUCUCAUACGCUCUCAUUCCCUCUCACCCACUCUCAUACGCUCUCAUUCCCUCUCACCACUCUCAUACGCUCUCAUUCCUCUCACCACUCUCAUACGCUCUCAUUCCCUCUCACCCACUCUCAUACGCUCUCAUUCCCUCUCACCCACUCUCAUACGCUCUCAUUCCCUCUCACCACUCUCAUACGCUCUCAUUCCCUCUCACCCACUCUCAUACGCUCUCAUUCCCUCUCACCCACUCUCAUACGCUCUCAUUCCCUCUCACCACUCUCAUACGCUCUCAUUCCCUCUCACCCACUCUCAUACGCUCUCAUUCCCUCUCACCCACUCUCAUACGCUCUCAUUCCCUCUCACCCACUCUCAUACGCUCUCAUUCCCUCUCACACACUCUCAUACGCUCUCAAUUCCCUCUCACCCACUCUCAUACGCUCUCAUUCCCUCUCACCCACACUCAUACGCUCUCAUUCCCUCUCACCCACUCUCAUACGCUCUCAUUCCCUCUCACCCACUCUCUUACGCUCUCAUUCCCUCUCACCCACUCUCAUACGCUCUCAUUCCUCUCACCCACACUCAUACGCUCUCAUUCCCUCUCACCCACUCUCAUACGCUCUCAUUCCCACUCACCCACUCUCAUACGCUCUCAUUCCCUCUCACCCACUCUCAUACGCUCUCAUUCCCUCUCACCCACUCUCAUACGCUCUCAUUCCUCUCACCCACUCACAUACGCUCUCAUUCCCUCUCACCACUCUCAUACGCUCUCAUUCCCUCUCACCACUCUCAUACGCUCUCAUUCCCUCUCACCCACUCUCAUACGCUCUCAUUCCCUCUCACCACUCUCAUACGCUCUCAUUCCUCUCACCCACUCUCAUACGCUCUCAUUCCUCUCACCCACUCUCAUACGCUCUCAUUCCUCUCACCCACUCUCAUACGCUCUCAUCCCUCUCACCCACUCUCAUACGCUCUCAUUCCCUCUCACCCACUCUCAUACGCUCUCAUUCCCUCUCACCCACUCUCAUACGCUCUCAUUCCCUCUCACCCACUCUCAUACGCUCUCAUUCCCUCUCACCCACUCUCAUACGCUCUCAUUCCCUCUCACCCACUCUCAUACGCUCUCAUUCCCUCUCGCCCACUCUCAUACGCUCUCAUUCCCUCUCACCCACUCUCAUACGCUCUCAUUCCCUCUCACCCACUCUCAUACGCUCUCAUUCCCUCUCACCCACACUCAUACGCUCUCAUUCCUCUCACCCACUCUCAAACGCUCUCAUUGCCUCUAA